CCGCGGCCGGGGGAGCGGAGGCGGCGGUGACAGCGGGGGGCGAGUGCCACGGGGCGGGGACGGGGGGGGGUCGCUGGGGUCCCCCCGUCGCGGGGCAGCGCCGUCAGCCCCGCGGCUGGCGGGACCCGCAGGACCUGGGUCGGGGCGGCCGGGGCUGCUCCGUUCCCCGCAGCCGGGAGGUGCCGGGGCCGUGAGUCCCCUGCGGGGGUCGGGCCCUGAGGACGCUCCCCUGGGACCCUCGCCUGGAGCGUGCGACGCAGGGGGACGGGCUGUCCCGGGGGACCGGCUGUCCCGAGGGCCAGCAGCGAGUCCCAGUGUAGGGACCGUGCUGGGCCCGUCCUGGGCGGGGGUCCCGCCGCAGCUGGGCCGGUGCCGGGUUUAAGCCCUGACGUACACUGGGGACGUCGUGCUCCGUCUGUCCCCGCACCGGCGCCGCGGGAUGCGCCCAGGGCAGCCCCACAUCUCGGCAUGGUGCCGCAGACCCCCAGCACCACCCGCCAUGGACGACAUCUUCACGCAGUGCCGAGAGGGCAACGCGGUGGCCGUGCGCCUCUGGCUGGACAACACUGAGAACGACCUCAACCAGGGGGAUGACCACGGCUUCAGCCCCCUGCACUGGGCCUGCCGCGAGGGCCGCUCCAACGUGGUGGACAUGCUCAUCAUGCGGGGGGCACGCAUCAACGUGAUGAACCGCGGGGACGACACCCCCCUGCACCUGGCUGCCAGCCACGGCCACCGCGACAUCGUGCAGAAGCUGAUGCAGUUCAAAGCAGACAUCAACGCCGUGAACGAGCACGGGAACACGCCUCUGCACUACGCCUGCUUCUGGGGCCACGACCAGGUGGCCGAGGACCUGGUGGGCAACGGGGCCUUGGUCAGCAUUGCCAACAAAUACGGCGAGACGCCCAUCGACAAAGCCAAGACGCCGCUGCGAGAGGUCUUGAAAGAGCGUGCCGAGAAGCUGGGCCAGAGCCUCACCAAGAUCCCCUACAAGGACACCUUCUGGAAGGGCACGACCCGCACGCGUCCCAGAAACGGGACUCUCAACAAACUCGCUGGAAUAGACUUCAAACAGCUGAGCUUGAGCCAAAAACUCAACGAGAACCAGUCAGGAGAGCUGUGGAAGGGGCGCUGGCAAGGCAACGACAUUGUCAUCAAAAUGCUGAAAAUCCGGGACUGGACAACUCGGAAGAGCCGAGACUUCAACGAGGAGUACCCAAAGCUGCGGAUCUUCUCUCACCCCAACGUGCUGCCGGUGCUGGGCGCCUGCCAGUCCCCCCCGGCGCCGCACCCCAUCGUCAUCAGCCACUGGAUGCCCUACGGCUCCCUCUACAACGUGUUGCACGAGGGGACAAACUUUGUGGUGGACCAGAUGCAGGCCGUGAAAUUCGCCUUCGACAUCGCGCGGGGCAUGGCCUUCCUGCACACGCUGGAGCCCCUCAUCCCGCGCCACCACCUCAACAGCCGCAGCGUCAUGAUUGAUGACGACAUGACGGCGCGGAUCAGCAUGGCUGACGUGAAGUUCUCCUUCCAGUGCCCGGGGAGGAUGUACGCGCCGGCUUGGGUGGCGCCAGAAGCCUUGCAGAAGAAGCCAGAGGAGAUUAACAGGCGCUCGGCCGACAUGUGGAGCUUCGCCGUGCUGCUGUGGGAGCUGGUGACCCGCGAGGUGCCGUUCGCAGACUUGUCCAACAUGGAGAUAGGCAUGAAGGUGGCCCUGGAGGGGUUGCGCCCAACCAUCCCACCGGGCAUCUCCCCACACAUCUGCAAGCUGAUGAAGAUCUGCAUGAACGAGGACCCAGCCAAGCGCCCCAAGUUUGACAUGAUCGUACCCAUCCUGGAGAAGAUGCAGGAGAAGUAGAGCGGGAGGCGCCUCCCCGCCAGCCGACGCUGCCACGCUUCCCUCCCCGCCACCCCCAAGUGCCUUCUUGCACCCCGGAGCCGAGGGAGAGCAGGGACUGUCCCUUCCCCCCCGAGCCAGCCACGGACACACGGUACAGACGGCGCUGCCUUCCCGGGAGCUGCUCUGCAGCCCCCAGACGCUGCAGCACCACAUCGACGGCAGCGCCUCCUCCCUCCCCGGCAGCUUCGGGCAGAGACUGAGCAGGGGCCUGGCCGCGACCCUGCGCCGCCGGGACGGAGCUGUGGAGCCACCCCCCCGGCCUUUCCCGGUCCCCAGGCCCGAGCAGCUCACCCACCUCGCGGUCUCACGUCAGGCAGCGCCCCGUCCCGGUGCUCGCCCCUAGCGCGGACGGCGGGGUGACACCCGGCACCACCCCAGCUUCGCGCUUCACUCUCUUUAUCGUUUCCAUCCAGCCCACGUGGAAAAGCCGCCAGCAGCUGAAAUAAACGUUUGUAAUGAAAACCGGCUGCUGGUGCAGGGGUGCGUGCGUGCACACAAAGGCGGGGGCCGCCCGACCCUCCGCCGAGCCCUCGGCUCCGGGUCUGCGCCUGCACCAACCCUCCUCCCGUGACCGGAGCAGGGGGAGGGGGGGCGGCUCUGACAGCAGCCCCCCUCCAGAGAGAAGGCCCCGGGUGUCCGCAGGGCCCCCCGGCGUCGCUCUGAGGAUGGCAGGAAUGCUUGGGAGGAAGAUGAGAAGGGUGGAGCGGUCCUUUUCCCACUGCCCCCCCUUUCCAUCAGCUUCCUGAGGCAGGGCUGAGCCCUCCUGGGAACGGCAGAAAGUGCAACUACGGC